AUGAUAACCCCCAUCAACCGCCCCGUUGCCCUCAUCAUUGGCGCCUCACGCGGCAUCGGCCGGCAGGUUGCCAUCGACCUGGCCAAGAACGGAUAUGCCGUCGUCGUGUCCGCCAAAUCAACCACUUCCCCCUCCGACCUCGCCAAGAUUUCCCCCUUCCCGCCAGACCCCAACUCCCCCCAAUCAACCAUCACCACCGUCGCCAAGGAAAUUACAGAUGCCGGCGGCGAGGCCGCCGCCAUACCAUCUGACACGACAAAGUAUGAGACGAUCAAGGACUUGGUGGCCAAGGCGGUCGAGAAAUAUGGCCGCCUUGACGUCCUAAUUUACAACUCCGGGGCAAUCUGGUGGGCGCCCGUCUCGCGCACGCCCAUGAAACGGUUCCAGCUGAUGCAAAGGGUCAACGUCGAAGGCCUCUAUGGAGCCGUCCAAGAAUGUCUCCCCUAUCUGCAGAAAGCCCCUCAGGGCGGUCGCAUCGUGGUCGUCUGCCCGCCGAUAUACAGCCGUUUCUUCCGGGGCAAGACCGCGUAUGCUAUUGGGAAGGUCGGGAUGAGUGUUUUGGUGAAGGGACUGGGGAUGGAUUUUGAGCGCGAGGAAAAGGAGCAGGGGGCGCCCAAGGGACACAUGGCUGUUGUGGGGGUUUGGCCUGCGGUGGCGAUCGAGUCCGCUGCGACGCAGCAAUUUACCCGGAGAGACCCAGCUUACGCCAAGCAUCUUCGCAAGCCGACCAUCUUCUCUGAUGCCAUACUCGCUAUGCUAAGGGCGCCAGCAGAUGUCAUCAAUGGCCAGUUGGAGCUGGAUGAGGACUUCUUGCGGAAGCAUGCUGGAGUGACCGACUUUUCUAAGUACUCGGUAGUGCCAGGCAGCAAUCCCAGGAGGAUCAUGCCUGCUGAGCUGCCAGAUUUGAGGGUUAAGGAGCAGGAUGAUGAAGGGGAUAGGAUUGACAGUUCGAAGCUGUGA